UAGCCUACUAACAGAGCGCGCUCCCGCGUACAGAGCGGUAACCAACCAACUCUCGUGGUUCACUGAUAGUGGUUUCCCCAACGUUUGACCGUGACUCGCCGAAGAAGAUAGAGGUUGACACAAACUCACCCUGCUCAUCUCUUCGCAGUUUGUAGACCAGUGAUCGGAGGAUUUGGAAGGAUUUCGGCCCCUCCAUCACUCGCUUCCGAGCGGGGAGAACAACCACCAAGCGUCAAUAGACCGGUGCUAUAUAAGAACAGAUUUCUUUUUGUCUGCCCUCUAGCUGGGGAUAUUGCGUCCUCCUCGUAUGUCUUGUAUGGAAGAACGGACAAUAAUCUCGUGAUUUCUAAUGUGCGUAAAUUUUGCGUUUUUGGACAUUUCAUUUCUCGCGUUCAGUCUUCAUUAAGGCCGUCUAUGAUAAUGGAGUCGGUGGAAAAGGAGUGCGGAGCGUUAGGUGGAUUAUUUCAAGCUAUCGUCAACGACAUGAAGAGCUCAUAUCCAGUGUGGGAAGACUUUAGUGCAAAAGCCACUAAGCUUCACUCCCAGCUCAGGACCACAAUCCUAGCAGCAGUGGCGUUUCUAGAUGCCUUCCAGAAGGUCGCAGACAUGGCAACCAACUCAAGAGGUGCCACCAGAGACAUUGGUUCAGCUCUGACCAGGAUUUGCAUGAGACACCGCAGUAUAGAAACAAAACUACGGCACUUUACAAAUGCUCUUAUGGAAAGCCUUGUCACUCCACUCCAGGACAGGAUUGAGGAAUGGAAGAAGACUGCUAACCUGUUGGACAAAGACCAUGCCAAAGAAUACAAGCGUUCUCGCCAGGAGAUCAAGAGGAAAUCCUCAGACACCAUGAAGCUUCAAAAGAAAGCCAGGAAAGAGCUUCUAGGCCGGGGUAAUCUGCGUCCGCAGCUGGACAGUGCCAUGCAGGACGUCAGUGACCUCUACCUGCUGAUGGGAGAGACGGAGAAGCAGGCGGUGCGCCGAGCCCUCUUGGAGGAGAGGGGGCGCUAUUGCUCUUUCAUCAACCUGCUGCAGCCUGUGGUGAAGGGAGAGAUAGCCAUGCUGGGAGAGGUCACUCACCUGCAGGCCAUUGUUGAUGACCUCACUAUGCUUACUGAAGAUCCUCACAAAUUGCCCCCAGCUAGUGAGCAGGUGAUCCGGGACCUGAAGGGUUCAGACUACAGCUGGUCUUACCAGACUCCCCCGUCCUCCCCCAGCAGCGCCGGCUCCAGGAAGAGCAGCGUGUGCAGUAACCUCCAGACGCCCGGCGCCCACCGCCUCAGUAGUGUCUCCUCCCACGACUCGGGCUUCAUCUCUCAGGAUGCCAACACCCAGUCCAAGCCGCCCUCGCCCAUGCCCUCUGACAUCACCAGCCAGAAGUCCAGCAGUUCAGCCUCAUCUGAAGCAUCGGAAACCUGCCAGUCUGUCAGCGAAUGCAGCUCUCCCACUGCGUUCGGCUCAUGCUCAUCCUUCGGUACAUUCCGCCAUGCUCUCUCACACACUGGUUCCGUCAGGCCUCUCUCUGUCAUACUUCCUGGGUCCCCCACAUUUAACCACUACUCUGGAUCCAACACCACCCCACCCUCAUCAAAGGUUCCUAGUUGGAAGGAUUGGUCCAAAACAAGCACAUACGAGCCCUCUUUGGCUGCCACACUGCAGCGAAGGAGGGAGUCACUGGACAGGAUGCGGGGGCAGGAAGUCCCGCCCAGUCCUAAUGGAUUCUCUGGGAUGGAUGCACCUGACACGCCCAGGUCCAGACUGGCCCGGGCUAACAUUGCAGCCAAGCACGGAGGCGAGGCCAUGUCCCCAGCUGCCAGUACACUGGCCAUGGUGCUAACCCGAGGUCUCACUAUGGAGCAGCAGAUGAACAGCAGGGAAUCUCUGCAGUACUCCAGUGGCUACAACACUCAGAGCAACACUCCCUCCUGCUCAGAGGACACCAUCCCCUCACAGGGUUCUGAUUAUGAGUGCUACUCUCUGAACGGGGACGUUGACAACAGCAGGGAGACUGACUUUGACAAGUCCUCCACGGUACCCCGCCACAGCAACAUCGCCCAGAACUACCGGCGUAUGAUCCAGACCAAGAGGCCGGCCAGCACUGCCGGGCUUCCCGCCGGCGCCAGCCCCCCCGGGGGCACGUAUAGAGCAAGUGGCGGGGCUGGUCGUGACGGGGGACACAACGGCGUUCGUGGAGCCAUAACCUCCGGAACGGCGACUAUACGCCGAACCCCCUCAUCCAAAUCAGGGGUGAGACGCACACCGUCCACCACGGGGCCCCUCCCCAUCCGCCCGCCCAUCGUCCCAGUCAAGACCCCCACCGUCCCAGACUCUCCGGGCUAUUCCGCUGCAUGCCCCCCCAGCCCCAACCAACAGCCCGUCGGCAGCCAAGGCUACCUGUACGGAGAAGAGUCUCCGCCCGGUGCCCUGGAGUACCUCAGGGCCUCCCCCAAGCGGCUGAGCCUGCCCGACACCACCACCUGGGGCUCCGGAGGGGGGCUGGACCGGGGCGCGUAUGCCCAGCAACCCCCCGGCAUGGCUGGCCUCGGCCAAGAGGAGGAUCCCCAGCUGGCUGCCAACCGCCACAGCCUGGUGGAGCAGAUUGGAGAGCUGGCCGCCAGUGCCCGUGCCCUGGGAGAGGGUCACUUCCCUUUCCCCACGCUGCGCUCCCUGCCGGUGAACCCAGCGGGGGUCAGCUCUUCGCCCCAACACCCGCCGUGUGCGUCCCCCGAGCCCCGGGGAGGGGUGGACAUGCUGGUGUCCAUACGGAGCGGCGUGAGGCUCCGCAAGGUGGUCUCCAACGACAGAUCGGCGCCCAGGAUACUGCAGGACAUUACAGCAGCGUCCAGGGCACCGCGGUAGUGACUCCACAGACCUCUGAACUGGGCUGACAGCGCCGUUGACACAUAAUGAGCGGACCCUCGCACACGAUACACGAUAGGAUGGAAGGGACAGUGUCCAUGUUAAUGGCCUUGGUUGGCCGGUUGGACUAAAGUCAGGAAUUUGAAUGAAUGGCUUACCAAAUCUGUUUUUCUGUAGUAUUCAAAUUUCCCAUGUUGUCUGUUCGUGGACUUAGUGGCUGUUUAUUCCUUCUGUCUCCUGGUGCAUCGCCCCUCGGCCUCCAGACUCUGGGAUCAAGGCCUGCCGUUCUGGCGUCUUUAAUGAGUCAUCAUAGUCCUGUUCCGAGAAGCUUUAGGAGCGCGGACCCAGGAGGUCCCUACACGGACCCAGGAGGUCCCUACACGGACCCAGGAGGUCCCUACACGGACCCAGGAGGUCCCUACAUGUGAACUCUGUAUCAAACUCUAUUAACACAGCCAGUCGGGAGGUCUGAAAGCUGAUGAGGUCAUGUCGGUCUGGGAUCCUGUCUGAAUACAUUGUUUUGUAUCACAAGCUGAACACCGAUUGUGUAUGUCACAUAUCAGAGAAAUGUCAAAAUCAUGUGAAAUGGGCGCAAUAUGGCAGUGUUUCUAUUGCUGUACUGUACUACCAAUAUAUUCUGCAAAUAAACCAACCUUUUCUGUG